AAAAAAAAUCACCCAACUUGAUGAACUAGCAUGUCUCACUUUUUGUGGUAUAUAUUACCUAAAGAGGCAAUAAAUAUUUAUUUAUUUGUGAUUUGACUAUCUAUUAUAUCAAGUAUUCUUUCUACCUAUGUUGUUUUUGAUUCUUUGUAAUGCAGAUGUUAAACUUUGCUGCAUCCUACAUCAAGAAGACCUAUGAUCCUAUGAUUGGUGCUGUGGAUUCUGAUGUGGAUUCUGAUCCAGUUAGAAAUGUCCAACAAAUUGGAGAGGUUUCAGCUCUCGAAAAGCUUACCCGUUAUGUUGAUGACAGAAGAGUUCCUGUCUAUUUUCUUGGAGGAUCAAUAGCUGUCAACAAUAUCCUUGGCAGAAACCUGGACGACCAGUUCACUCGAGAAGCCUUUCAGUUUUGUUGUCCUGAUUCACACCCUUUUCUGCGUGAGUCCAAAAGAAGUCUGUGCCAAGAGACCCCAGGCUUUGAAAUCCACGAAGGAAUGGAAGAUUACGUUGACUCGAAACUUUGGGAUCUUUAUCUAGAAUAUGAGAACAUGCAGGAACUGUAUGAUCAGAUAGUAAGCAAGAGAGAGCGGAAAUCUCCAACAAGCGACGUCUACCUAUGGGAAACAAUUGACGAUGGGGUAGAAAUGUGUCGGACAAUAAGGCGUCAAAUUCGAGCUGCAGGUGGUGCAUCGCACGAUAUCCCCCCUCACCUGAUCAGGUGGGAUUAGAUGAGUCCAGAGUCAAUCUAGCAAACUUAGUCCAAGAGAGUUGAGGGGAGCCGCUGAAAGACCUCAUGCAAAUACUGUAACUCGCUUCAAGUGCUACAAACAACGUCCUUGCAUGCUUGAUUAAAGUUCUCAAGCAUUCCUGUGGUAACUGUUGGCUUACAG